ACAUAUGUUUUGAUGCAACAUGGCGCUUCCGACUGUCAGACUGUUCGACCGUCAGAUAUGACGAGACAACUCCUGAAGUGAUUUUAAUAUUUUUUGCGUCUUACUGUUUGUCACAGCAAGAUGCCCGUCGACAUUAAUCGGUUGACGGAAGGUUGGCUGGAGCUGGAGAGUGACCCGGGUUUAUUCACGUUGCUGCUCGAAGACUUCGGUGUGAAGGGCGUCCAAGUAGAAGAGAUCUAUGAUCUGCAGAAAUCUCUGGAGGGCCCAGUAUAUGGCUUUAUCUUCCUGUUCCGUUGGAUUGAGGAGCGGCGAUCCAGACGGAAGGUUGUCGAACAGGAUGAGAGUUUUGUCAAGGACGAGGAGAUCGUUAACAAUAUCUUCUUUGCACAACAGGUUGUUCCCAACAGUUGUGCCACUCAUGCAUUGCUCUCAGUUUUGCUGAAUUGCCCAAACAUACAUUUAGGCACGACUCUAUCUCGACUAAAGAUGCACACUUCGGGCAUGUGCCCGGAGAACAAAGGUUGGGCGAUUGGUAAUACACCAGAAUUGGCCUGUGCUCACAAUUCACACGCGAUGCCACAAGCGAAGAGACGACAGGACAAGAACACCGGUGUCUCGACGGGUAGAUUCACAGGUGAGGCGUUUCACUUUGUGAGCUAUGUGCCGAUAAACGGCAGACUCUUCGAGCUGGACGGCCUGAAGCCCUAUCCUAUGGAUCAUGGUCCCUGGAAGGAGCAUGAGGAGUGGACCGAGCAAUUCAGACGCGUGAUAACCGAUCGUUUGGGCAUGGCGACGGGCGAACAGCUGCAGGACAUCAGAUUCAAUCUAAUGGCCGUGGUGCCUGACCGGCGUCUCGCUAUCUCACACAAGUUGACGAUGCUGAAGACUAACAGGCAGAUAGUUCUGGAAGCGUUGCAGCAGCUGGUGAAGCUGAGUUAUCAGGACGGUAGUGGUACGGACAAGAGCUCGCACGACUCUGACAAGGAGAAACAGUACGACAAGAGAAACAAGACGGAGGACGAGAAUGGAGUAUCGGCUAAAACAGAAAUCGAAGAGUCGACCACGACGAUUCCUACCAUCAACGUGGAGAGGAAUAAUGAUUCGACGGUGGUUAUCGAUGAGUCCGUCUCCAGUAUCACAUCUGGCAAGACUGAAUCCAACGGCAUGGAGAAGGUGGUGAUGUGCGCCUUAGACUACGCCACGCCGCUGCGAAUUCAGACAUCGCCGGCUCACAGCUCGUCGAGCACAGACACGUCGUCCGAGAUCGGGUCGGCCUUCAACUCACCCACUCAAGCUUGGGGCUGGAAUUCCGGCCAGAGCAGUCCCACGUCGACGAAGGACUUCAAGAAGUUCGUUGUGAUCAGAGUCGCCGGGGACGAGAAGAAUGAAGCGGGCUUGAGCCGUUCUCUGGGAAAUAUCAAUAUAAAUGGGAAGAGAUUGGUGUCUGACAGCGGCCACUUGCACAAGAAGGUCUGCCUGUCGGGCGAGGUGAGGAUCCCUCAUGCGAGAGUGAAGACCAGCAACGGUGACACGGUGACGGAGGAGAAAAAGGUCGAGAAGAUCGACCCCAAGCUGUGCUCCAAGUAUCCGGAAUUGUUUGAGCCGCAUACGUUCGCGCCCAAGGAUCUUUUGGCGUUGUUGAAAAAUCUAGAGCAUGAGAUCACCGUGUGCGAGACCAGCCUGAAGGAUGAGAACGACAAGAGGAAUAAAUACAAGAUCGACGAUUGUCGACGGACGCAUAAUUACGACGAGUUCAUCUGCACGUUUCUCUCGAUGCUCGCCCAGCAGGGAAAGUUGGCGGAGCUGGUUCAGCAGCAUCUGACGUUGAAGAAACACACCUCCGUCUCGGUGAAUAGAGUUCACAAGUCCUCCAAGAAAUCCGACACUCGACAGAACUCGUCGCGCAGACGACGCGGCAGAACAAAAUGCAAAAAGCGGAAGUAAUCUCAGCGCGUGACUAAAGGGUUUAAAGACUUAGGGGAAUUGUCAUUCCGUUUGUCGGAUUGUUUGCAACAUCCGACACCGGUAGUUUUACCAGGAUCAUCAUCAUGCGAAGAGGCCAUAUACAUGUAGAUAGUUCCCAAGUGACGAUCUUAGCGUCGUAGUUUCCGCUUGUCGUCCGACACACGGCGCGCGUAUUCUAACUUCUUUCAUUUCCAUUGGCGUAACGCGAAGAUGUUCUGUCAAGACGAAAGCUUCUGUGAAAGCACGAUUGUUUUCGUUUCGAAUUUUCGGUCUAAUCUAUGAGCACACAACAGAAAUUACUUCUUAUACUUGUACAAAUUAACUUUACGCAAUUGUAUACAUAUAUAUUUUUUUAUAUUCUUUGUAUCUAAUUGUCCGAUUGAUAUAUUUGUUCGUCGUCGCGCCCUUUACUUCUUUCUCGCGGGGCGCUUGUAUAUGUAUGUGUAUAUGUAUGUGUGCGUGUGUGUAUGUCGAUGUUUUUUCUUGUCCGAUAUUUCUAUUGUAUUUCUCGUGUGUAUGGAAUACAAAAUUUAUCAAGAA